CUCUCUCUCUCUCUCUCUCUCUCUCUCUCUCUCUCUCUCUGAGUCGCCAACAACUCCACCAUGACGAAGGAAGUGGCGGAGCAGGGCUCAUUCCCGGCCAAGGACUACCACGACCCGCCGCCGGCUCCCUUGAUAGACCCGGUGGAGCUGGGCAAGUGGUCCUUCUACAGGGCCCUCAUCGCUGAGUUCAUCGCCACCCUCCUCUUCCUCUACGUCACCGUGCUCACCGUGAUCGGGUACCAAAGCCAGACUGACCCCAAGAAGCCCGGCGUCGACGCCUGCGGCGGCGUUGGCAUCCUCGGGAUCGCCUGGGCCUUCGGCGGCAUGAUCUUCGUCCUCGUCUACUGCACCGCCGGAAUCUCAGGUGGUCACAUCAACCCGGCGGUGACGUUCGGGCUGUUCCUGGCCCGGAAGGUGUCGCUGGUGCGAGCCAUACUGUACAUGGUGGCUCAGUGCUCGGGGGCCAUAUGCGGGGUCGCCCUGGUCAAGCUCUUCCAGAACUCGUACUACGAGCAGUACGGCGGCGGGGCCAACAAGCUCGCCGUCGGGUACAAGGCUCGCGUCGGGCUGGGCGCGGAGAUCAUCGGCACGUUCGUACUGGUCUACACUGUCUUCUCGGCCACCGAUCCCAAGAGGAACGCCAGAGACUCCCAUGUUCCGGUCUUGGCUCCUCUGCCCAUCGGGUUCGCGGUGUUCAUGGUUCACUUGGCCACCAUUCCCAUCACCGGAACCGGUAUCAACCCGGCGAGAAGCCUCGGCGCUGCUGUCAUCUACAACAAGGAUGAGGCCUGGAAUGAUCAGUGGAUCUUCUGGGUAGGACCAUUCAUUGGGGCAGCCAUUGCAGCUUUCUACUACCAGUUCAUAUUGAGGGCAGGAGCAGUCAAGGCCCUUGGAUCAUUCAGGAGCAAUGCUUAGUCUGUUUUCACAGCUUAUUAAACUGCCCCUUCCGUCCUCCUGCCAUUUGUUCUCUGAUGAGGGAAAACAAAAAAGACAAAAAGAUGUGGAAACUGGAGAGAGAUGGGAAAUUCUUGUGCUGUGAUGUGUCUUUGUUCUUUGUGUGCUGUGCGCAACAUUCAUAUGUGAAUUCUCUCCUGUUUCGUUGUUA